ACGUCAUCCCAGAUUCUCUGAGCGGCCCCAGCGUGAAGCCUUCAGAAUAAAACGCCUCUCUGUCUGCUUAUCGUAGUUUCUGUGGUUCUGCAGAACUUUUCCAGGUUCUGGUUCCGCUGGGCUCCUGCAGGUUCUCCUGGUUCUGCAGAACUUUCAGGGCUUUCUGGGUCCAGGUCCAGUUGAGGAGCAGCAGGUGAGGUCCAGCAGGAUGUCCACCACAUCCCAGAAGCAUCGGGAUUUUGUGGCAGAACCAAUGGGAGACAAACCGGUGACGGCGCUGUCCGGAAUCGGAGAGACUCUGGGGAAGAAGCUGGAGGAUCAGGGCUUUGACAAGGCCUCUGUGGUUCUGGGUCAGUUCCUGCUGCUGAAGAAGGACACAGAGAUGUUCACUGAUUGGCUGAAAGAUGCCAGCGGCGCCAACUCUCGGCAGGCUGGAUCCUGUGCUCAGUGCUUGAAGGAGUGGUGCGAUGCCUUCCUGUAAGACCCGCCCCCUGUCCAUGAAGCCCCGCCCCUUCAUCACCCACUCUUUCUAAGUGCCUUAGGGUGUGGGACUCCACCCCUCUAAACGAGCCCCGCCCACCCAUCCCUCGUUAACCUUCUGCUGGUUCCUGUCUUCAUUAAAGUGCUUUGAUCUCCCCUCUGAGUCUUUCUCUAGUGCUGAAUUCACAAUAAUUGAUUUAAUCAGUCUAAAUAAAAUGGACAAUUAAUUAGCUUUGCAAUAAACUAAGAUUUAAAGUGACAGUUUUCAAACUGCAGAGACGUUUAAUUUUGAUCGCAAAAUUGGGAGACUAGAACACAGACCAACCUGCAUCAGUUCAAACAUGACUCAAAGUUGCUUUUCAUUCUUGAAAUGAUGGGUAUUUUUUGAACAGCAGUAAUAAAGACAUUCUUGA